UGUAUAUCUUUCCCUCGAAGCUAUGGGGCGUGAAAAACGCACUGAGAACAAAAUUCCAGUCUAACGCACUUUCUUCAGUGCGUGCCUCACCUCCUUCCCACUUCGCUUUUCAAUACUUUUCAGCAAUAUGUGAAACCAAAUAUAACAAAGAACAACACAUUUUUCUACAUUCUCUGCUCUCCCCAAUACGUACACACUUUCCCAAUAUGGCUUUCAACACCAAACCAAAAAAGCCCAUCUCUUCCUCUUCCCAUUUCAAUCUCUGCACCACUCUAUUCUUCGUUGUUCUCUUCACUAUCCCAGCUCUCUUUCUCCUCCACACUUCCACCACCACCUCCAUCUGCACCACCUUCGCCGCCUCUCACCACGCCAAGCCCUGGUCCGGCAGCCUCCUCAACGCGCGGUUCGCUUGGAAUCGCCUCCCCUUUAACAAACAAAACACCCCUCCUAUAGCUCUUAAAAUCGCCGUCUUCUCCCGUAAAUGGCCAACGGGCACAGCCCCCGGCGGCAUGGAGCGCCACGCUUACACGCUACACACAGCUCUAUCUCGUCGCGGCCACCAAGUCCACGUCUUCACCUCCCCACAAGAUGGCGGGCACGAUUCAAAGACGGGUCCGGUUGGGAUAGAGAACCGAAUUAAUAGUAGUCCUGGUUCAUCUCCUUAUAUCCAUUUCCACGAGGGUAAUCUUGGCCGAUGGCGAUACAAUAAAGCGUGGGAACAGUUCCUGGAAGAAAACCAGCGCCAACCGUUCGACGUUGUCCACUCGGAGAGUGUAGCUCUUCCCCAUUGGUUAGCCAGAAAUCUUGACAAUCUAGCGGUGUCAUGGCACGGCAUAGCGCUCGAGAGCUUGCAAUCGGAUAUCGUCCAAGAUUUGACACGGCACCCCAACGAGCCAAUGUCUCCAGCUUUCAACCGAAGCGUGCAAGGGAUCAUCCCAAAGGUACUAAACGAAAUAAGAUUCUUUAAGAACUACGCUCACCAUGUUGCUAUAAGCGACAGCUGUGGCGAAAUGCUAAGAGACAUGUACCAAAUCCCAAUUGAAAGGGUCCACGUUAUUCUUAACGGUGUCGAUGAAGACGAUUUUGCUGUUGAUUUGAAAUUAGGCCAUGAAUUAAGAUCCAAAAUCGGUGUUCCAAAAAAUGCUAGCAUAGUUUUCGGCAUAGCCGGAAGAUUGGUUAAGGACAAAGGUCACCCUCUACUAUACGAAGCUUUCUCCAGCCUCAUGACAAAACACCCAAAUGUGUACCUGAUUGUGGCUGGUUCAGGACCAUGGCAGAGUAGAUACAAGGACAUGGGAAGUAAUGUCAUAGUUUUGGGGUCCAUGAAUCCUUCUGAACUUGGGGCUUUCUAUAACGCUAUAGACAUAUUUGUGAACCCGACCCUUAGGCCGCAGGGGCUUGAUCUUACGCUGAUGGAGUCUAUGAUGAGUGGUAAACCAGUAAUGGCUUCAAGGUUUCCGAGUAUAAAAGGGAGUAUUGUAGUUGAUGAUGAGUUUGGGUACAUGUUUGCUCCGAAUACGGAAUCUCUGUUGGAAGCAAUGGAAAGGGUCGUUGCAGAAGGUUCACUCAGAUUGGCCCAACGAGGGAAGGCGUGCCGUGAAUACGCGUCUUCCAUGUUCACCGCUAGAAAAAUGGCCUCAGCUUAUGAAAGGUUGUUUCUUUGCAUUAAAAAUAAUACAUUUUGUUCCUACAAUUAAUAGGUACAGGUCAUACAACCAUUUUCAAAUUAUUUUUUAUUUAAACAACGAAAAAGGGAAAGGAAUAACUUUAUGUUUGGGGUCAGUUUUUUUUUUUUAUUAUUUUAAAUUAUUUUCUCUACAUGUUUAUAGAUUAUUAAUUGAUUCGUUUGACUCGCCAUAAGUGCUUCUCCAUGUGAGAUUGUCGUUUCUAUUUGUAUGUAAUAUAUUAAUUAUCACUAAUUAUAAGAAUGAUUCACAA